CUUGUAGCGCUAAUGGACACCGCAAUCAUUAUCACGCGACCGUGCUUUCUAUUAUAAAGAUAAAACUACAUUUCCCAGAAUUCUCUGCUCUGGCAGCUUGUUUAUCCAAUGGUCAUUCGAUGCGCUCCUCUGGCAACCAAUCGGACAGUAAUCUCUUAAUUCUAACGGUUAAAUACCAUGAAAAUCCCUCUUAUCAGCACUAUUUACUUUCUUAAUUUUCCGGAACCACAGCAAUGUUGUGAUUUUGGUGCAAGACACGUGUUUCACAUCGGCGCGGAUUUUAAGUUUUGAUAAGCUCAAGAGAGACGACAUGCUGUCAGGUGUCCGGUUGUGUGUCCGCUCGUUGUGUAGAGGUUGGUCGGUUCGCGGCAUGAGUUUAUCGCCGCGUCAGAUCAACCGAUGGCCGAGCAACGAGUCCUCCGAGCCUCUUACGGACAGUCCUCGAGUCCUCAUCACAGGUGGCCUGGGACAGCUUGGAGUUGGACUAGCUCAAAUGCUGAGGAAGCAGUAUGGAGAGGAAAACGUCAUCCUGUCGGACAUUAGGAGGCCUCCAAAUGAAGUUUAUAAUAUGGGUCCGUUUGUAUACGCUGAUGUACUGGACUAUAAAAACUUAAGGGAGCUGGUUGUGAAUAACAGAAUCACCUGGCUGGUGCAUUACAGUGCAUUACUCAGUGCUAUCGGGGAAGCUAACGUGGCUCUCGCCCGAACCAUCAAUAUCACAGGCCUGCAUAAUGUGUUAGACCUGGCUCUGGAGAACUGCUUGCGACUGUUUGUACCCAGUACCAUCGGAGCAUUUGGCCCUUCUUCUCCCCGUGAUCCAGCACCUGAUCUGUGUAUCCAGAGGCCUCGCACCAUUUACGGGGUUUCCAAAGUUCAUGCAGAGCUGAUGGGGGAAUAUCUCCACCAUAAAUAUGGCCUGGAUUUCCGAUGCUUGCGAUACCCAGGAGUUGUUUCUGCCCACACCAAGCCAGGAGGAGGCACUACUGAUUAUGCUGUUCAGAUAUUUCACGAUGCCCUCAGCACCGGCCACCAUGAAUGUUACUUGCGCUCCAACACUCGGCUUCCCAUGAUGCACAUAUCUGACUGCCACAGGGCCACCAUUGAGUUCAUGCAGACCCCUGAAAGCCAACUUUCUCUGCGUACUUACAACAUCGCAGCCAUGAGCUUCACACCUGAAGAAGUGGCGGAAGAGAUUCGCAAACACCUGCCCCACCUGAGGGUCACGUACAAUCCUGAUACCAUCCGGCAAACAAUUGCAGACAGCUGGCCAGUGCGGUUUGAUGACUCUAACGCACGUCAGGACUGGGGCUGGAAGCCUGCGUUUGGCCUGUCAGAGCUGGUCACAGACAUGCUGGCCUCCAUCCGUGAAAAAAGAACCAAUGCAGGACUACCUGUCAGCUAGCAGGUCUUCUCAGGGACUGAAACACAGAUCACCAGCACCUUUCCAGUACAUUUCCAAACUCAUCUAUCUCAAAUUUGUUAGCUGUUUCUUUAGGCCAGGACUUUUCGUCAGUUAGAGAACUGCAGACACUGACAGUGCUCUAACUAUGUAUGCUUGUGAAGAAAACAUGUAAACCAACAGUGAAAACUCACAUUCUCUCACCACUCAGGAGACUUUGUCUUUCUUCUCUGUGAUGUUUUUACAUAGUUUUUAAGCUGUCAUGGGACAAGGAAAAACAAGGAAACAACAAAAUGCUGAUGAACAGUAUAGUAGUAAAAAUAAUAAUAAUAUCAUUGCACACAUCAUAAAUGAAACUGUCCAGUUUAAUUAUUUUAGAGACACCAUGCACUAUAUUAAAAUAUGACAAGGUCAGCACUGAGAGAAAUUCUGGCUGGCCUGAACUUCUCCUUCAAGACUUUCAAUGAUUCAAGUGUUUUUAUAACUAAAACUCAGCUUUCCUAAUCCUAACCAAUCAUACCUUUCUUUUUGAGAGGGGUUGAAUUUUGCUCCAUAGAUGCUCCAUUUGUACACUGAGGGCCAUUAGGUACCUCACUCUGUGCUUUAAACCACUCCAUGUAUUGUGUGCAAGAGGAAGUGUCCCAUUACUUUCAACCACUACUACCUUUAGUGUGAAUCAAAAGAUUGCCUUUGUUCCAGCUGCUAUCGCUGAGGAAAUUACAGUUGCCUGAAUUUUGGGUUCUGUUAAACCCACUAUUGUCUGUAUUGGCUUUAUUUAUUUAGAGUCAGUCAUCAAAGGGCUCUGGGUUCACAAUGCAUAGUGUGGUGAUGUGAAUUAAGUGCUUAAUUACUCAGCAUUGCUGAUGUACUAUUAUACACUGUUAAGAGUUGUUUUUUAACACAUUUUUUGUUGACUCAAAACUAGAAAAUCAAAACUACUGGAUAAAACACCCAAAGCCUUGCAAUAGUAAAGGGGGUGUUCUUUGGCUUCAGCCUGUCUGAAAGUCUUAGCCUGCCUUCUGUGUAGGCUACUGGUGCAGACAAAUAAAAUGACUUAUCUAAGACAAUAUAUAAUGUAAAAUGACGCCUUUAUUUCAAAAGCAAGUGUGAUUUCCGUGUUAGAAGUUGACACUGCCUUAAUUUUCAGUUAACAUUUAACCUCAAAAGUUAUUAAUGAAUCUCAUUAGGCACUGGUGGAAAAUUGCAGUGUAUGUCAAAUAAAUGGCUUUAAUACAGCAAACAGUUUAUGUACGUCUUUGUUCAUUGUGACCUCUGGAGUAGUCACACAUA